AUGGCUACUCCCAAGACUUACAUUGUCGAACAUCUCGAUGACGAGCUCGGCACCUGGUCUGAACUUGAAUACACCUGCAUCGCCCGCGAGUCUCAUGCUGCCGGUGCCAAGUUCUUCCUCUCAUCCAUUCCACCCGAAUUACAAAUCCCUGAGCAAUUGAGCAGCAUUCCAUCAUUCACGGCUGAGACUCGGUCCGUUGAAGAACUGUUCGCCAACGAUAAAUCCCGGGUGUGCCUGCUUGAUCCGGCAGCCGCGAGCGACCUUUCUCCUGAAGACGGAGAUAAAUUCGAUGUGUUCUUGUUUGGCGGUAUCCUUGGUGACCAUCCGCCUAGAGAUCGAACCAGGGAGCUCAGGAAGAAGGGUUUCGAAGGUCGUCGACUCGGCCCAAUCCAAAUGUCUACUGAUACGGCAGUGAGAGUCACCCGGAUGGUUGUUCAAGAUAAAAUCCCCUUGGAUAAGAUCCCUUACAUCGACAACCCCGAACUGAGAUUCAAUGAGCAUGAGAGCACAGAAAUGCCAUUCCGCUAUGUCAAGGGCGAGGACGGCAUGCCGGUCAUGCCUGAGGGCAUGUUCGAAUUGAUCCAGAAGGAUGCCGACAGAGGUAUUGAUGAUCUGCUUUGA